CCUUGGGGAGGUACUUUUGAAUCUCAUCCAACCCCCGUUAGGGAGUGAGCCCCCAGGGCUGAUAGGCAGGUAACUUCUCGGCAGGUAGGCAGGCUAUGACUCAGCAGUUUAGUUGUCUUACCACCCCACGUUAGAGCAUCUCAUCAUCCCCCCACUAAAUUGAAGCAAGCUCGCCAAUAGCAAAGUCGACCUUGGUCGGCAAGUGUCCCACGUAUUUGAUUGGUCUUAAAGAAGAAGCGGCGUCACUUCAAUAAUACAGCAACUUACACCUUAUUCCACACCACAGCAUUCGCUAUUCGAAUUAGAUUGUAUACCUACCUACCUAUGUAUUGGGGAUAAGCUAGCUGCUCCUAGCUGGUGGAACCCAAUGCAUCAGAUCUGUUAGCAAUAGCGCCUAGUCCCGCCGCUUUCUCGCGAGCCUUAACUACCUACGCAUAGAUAUCCUUCCAUCUUUCACUUCACCUUCGAAUCAUGUCGUUCUCCGGUUCCUUCGCCAUGCCCGAUACACCGGGCUCCGAUAAUGACGAUAUCGAUUCCCUCCCUUCCACCUCUACCGAAAGUUUCACAACCGAUGAUGACGAUUUCGAUGCGCAAAGGGAAUGGGAGCAGAGCUUAGAACAAUUACAACUGCUCUUAACUAUGGUCUUGGUACCAUUCGCUGGAAAAUAUCUCGGCCGCAAGUUUGCCUACUGGAGUUGGGCACGAUAUAUGGAAUGGAUGCAUAACGUUGAAAUAAAAUGGACGAAUAAAACAGCAUUUAAAGCUUCAGGUGCAGUUGAAGCAGCGGCGACGCUCUGAACGAUCAUAUUUCUAGUCUACCUAGAUUUUCGGAGGGACACUUUUUGCGGAUAAUAGACCGGAUGGCACCCUAUUUGUGUAUAUAAGGGCAUUGAUGUGGAUACAGGGGAUCGUCGGCAUGUGACACCGGGAUGCCAAAAGCAAUCAAAAUUACCAUCUCGGCAGCCCCGUCCUCAAACCCGGAUACGUCCCGUGCUACCGUUAGGCCUUGAUAAUUCUUAUCCGAGAUAGCAAAAUAAGAGCCUAACAGCAGCUCCGAGAAUCUUUCAGUGUCUUUGGCUUUAAAGAUGCCUUCUUCCGGGGCUCUAGCGCGCCACGAUAACAAGAAAUAAAUUCUCGCCGUCCAAU